AUGACCUCAGAAAUGUGGGCACCGUCUGUGAAGAUGGAAGCUACAGUCCCUGAGGCGGAAGGAGCUUCCUUGGAGCAAGGGGAGAGGGUGCAGAUGGUGGAGCGUGCCCAAGAUGUCCUGUCCUGUGGAAAAGGCAACGAAGAGAUGCUGUUGAGCCAUCAUCUGUUCAGAGGUGUGGAAGCAGCUGCUCCCCCUCCAAUCCAGCACACAGGGAAGAAGCCUUUUGAAUGCUCAGAUUGUGGAAAGAGAUUCAGUCGGAGUCGCAGUCUUCGAGAGCAUCAGAGAACCCACACAGGGGAGAAGCCUUUUGAAUGCUCAGAAUGUGGAAAGAGAUUCAGUCGGAGUCGCAGUCUUCAACAUCAUCAGAGGACCCACACAGGAGAGAAGCCUUUUGAAUGCUCAGAGUGUGGAAAGAGAUUCAGUCAGAGUGGCAACCUUCAACUGCAUCAGAGGACCCACACAGGGGAGAAGCCUUUUGAAUGCUCAGAGUGUGGAAAGAGACUUCGUACGAACAGCAGUCUUCAAAUGCAUCAGAGGACCCACACAGGGGAGAAGCCUUUUGAAUGCUCAGAGUGUGGAAAGAGACUUAGUACGAACAGCAGUCUUCAAAUGCAUCAGAGGACCCACACAGGGGAGAAGCCUUUUGAAUGCUCAGAGUGUGGAAAGAGAUUCAGUCGGAGUGGCCAUCUUCAAAUGCAUCAGAUGACGCACACAGGGGAUAAGCCUUUUGAAUGCUCAGAGUGUGGAAAGAGAUUCAGUCGGAGUGGCAGUCUUCAAAUGCAUCAGAUGACGCACACAGGGGAGAAGCCUUUUGAAUGCUUGGAGUGUGGAAAAAGAUUUAGCAUGAGUGGCAGUCUUCAAAAGCAUCAGAGAACCCACACAGGUGAGAAGCCUUUUGAAUGCUCAGAGUGUGGAAAGGGAUUCAUGUGGAGUGGCAAUCUUCAAAGGCAUCAGAGGACCCACACAGGGGAGAAGCCUUUUGAAUGCUCAGAGUGUGGAAGGAGAUUCAGUAUGAGUGGCAGUCUUCAAAUGCAUCAGAAGACCCACACAGGGGAUAAGCCUUUUGAAUGCUCAGAGUGUGGAAAGAGAUUCAGUAUGAGUGGCAGCCUUCAAAGGCAUCAGAGAACGCACACAGGGGAGAAGCCUUUUGAAUGCUCGAGGUGUGGAAAGAGAUUCAGUACGAGCGGCAGUCUUCAAAUCCAUCAGAGGACCCACACUGGGGAGAAGCCUUUUGAAUGCUCUGAGUGUGGAAAGAGAUUCAGUAUGAGCGGCAGUCUUCAAAUGCAUCAGAGGACCCACACUGGGGAGAAGCCUUUUGAAUGCUCAAAGUGUGGAAAGAGAUUCAGUACGAGCGGCAGUCUUCAAAUGCAUCAGAGGACCCACACUGGGGAGAAGCCUUUUGAAUGCUCAGCGUGUGGAAAGAGAUUCAAUCAGAGUGGCGGUCUUCAAAUGCAUCAGAGGACCCACACAGGGGAGAAGCCUUUUGAAUGCUCAGAGUGUGGAAAGAGAUUCAGUCAGAGUGGCCAUCUUCAACUGCAUCAGAGAACCUACACAGGGAAGAAGCCUUUUGAAUGCUCAGAGUGUAGAAAGACAUUCUGUCGGAGUGGCAGUCUUCAACAGCAUCGGAGAACCCACACGGGAGAAGCCUUUUGAAUGCUCAGAGAGUUUGUAAAGAGAUUCAGUAAGUGUUGUUAUCUUCAAUACCAUCAUUGAACUCACGCAGGGGAGAAGCCUUUUGAAUGCUUGGAGUGCGGAAAGAGACUUAGUACGAGUGGCAGUCUUCAGUGUCAUCAUAGAACCCACACGGGAAUGUUGGCAUAGAAAAUAAUGCCGGUAAGGCAUGUGGCAGUGCUAACAGAUCUGACAGCUGCUGUCGAGUAGAUGGACUGUAGAUGAUCUGGCAGAUGAGAACUGGUUCUGGCCAGAUGUAUGAGAUCAUCAGGUGAAGAGUGCAAGCUGACUCAGAAUGACUAAGCACUAUUCACUCAUUGGUCCAGCAAUUAACAGCUACUGUAUAUAACUGUGUCUAUGCUGUACCCACUGUUCUCUUCUCAAUAUUAUGAUUGUCUGGUGUAGAGUUAUGUUGGAGAGCUAUAUAUUCUGUAAAUAAUAAAUCCUGUACAUAGUUUAA